GCAUAUCGCUCGCUGGAGAACGGUGGCUGGCUGAAGUCAAGUAAUUACAUUGUUCCACGAUGGAAGACUGCUCGUAAAGCAUGGGAUAAAGGUCACAUGGCGCGCCUUUUCUCGUCACUAGGAUUGUUUUAUGUUUCUCCAGUGUGCAAACCGGAACUGAAGCACCUUGUGCAUCUUAUCAGAUGCUGUCAUGGAAAAGUGACCGAGUCACUGACUCGUGCAACAAUAUUAGUGGCGCCUGAAUCCGAGUGGACCACGCUUAUGUCUCGCAGGAGAAAGUCUAGCAUACAGGCAACUUAUAUCACUGAACAACUGCUGCUCGAUUCAAUAUGUGAAUGCAAGAUUAAUUUUCUGGCACAAAAGGCGGGCGGCGAGACGCAUCGACUUCGCUUGGCCAUUGAUAGCAGUGAUGGAUGA